CUUAAACCUGAUGCAGCGUUGGCGGCAGUUGGCUGGGCCUAAGCAAGCAUUGUUCCGACGUUCCUUGGACCUUUUGGGGGCACGAGUAGAGGCGCUGGUUGGAGAAUUCACGCGAUUCCGAAAGCUACGCGAGGCUGAUGCUGGUACGAGUGGUCCGCGAUUGAACGCUGAUGGAAUGAAACAAAAGCUUGUGGAUGACUUGCUUUCACAGGUUGGGGAUGAAAAUGGAGAUGGUGGACCUCGUUCCGGGCCAAACGUGAGCGGCAAAGUCAAGGCGACAGGCUCUACGUCAACAUCCUCCACUGCUGAAAAUGUACAACCAGCGAGUAUGACAGAGAGCACGCUUUUACCGGAUCAUCAGAAGAGGCUCACUGCUACCGAAGCCAGAAAGCUAGUGCGACAAUUGCCAGUUGGUGAGCGGCCACCGCUCAAAUUUUCGACGGUGGAAGAAGAACCGAA